AUGCAUUUUCAGCAACUUACAUCCUUCCUGCUCACCUCUGCCGCUAUCGCAAGCGCAAAGCCUUUGGCAAGCGUCUCGCGGCGCGAUGACCACCCUGUCGACUUCAAGCAAGCUUGUGAGAAGAAUCAGCCGCCGAAAGGCAACUGUGUUUUUGUCAUCGCCGGCGGAACCACCCUGGAAUGGAGUGGCACCAAUCUUGGCAAUGGUGAAGCCGAUCGAGUCGCCGUGGUAACUGAUUCAAACUGCAAAACACUCGCAAUUAAGGAAUGGGAGCCAACAAGUCCUGGAUUCCACGUUGUGUUCGACGACCCCAAGGUGCCCAAGAGCGGCGACCUCCAUGCUAGUACCAGCUACAUUGGUUCGGAUGGCGUGUCCGAACCAGACUGGCUCAGACUUGACGGCAGUGAUGUGCCUGGAUGGGACUGUGGAGAAAGGCAGAAUGAGUUGGGUGGAUUUCUGGGAGUUGAGGGUGGCUACUGGAAGGCUUGUAACUUCCCGUGUACUCAGGAGGCGUGGGACAACUGGGAUUAA